GACGAGGCAGGCGUGCUGUACUGCUCUGUUAGGGAAUCUGCCGGCCCUAUGCGUGUUUGAAGAGGCUCACAUGCAGCAUGGAGAUUUUGGCCGUGUUUGACCUACUGCACUUUGCGCUUUCGGCACUUGAGACAUGCGCGCGCCUGUCGAGACGGUCAGGAGAGUCUCUGCAUUUUUCUUGUCAUCACGCCAUACCGCGCAGCUCCUCUUCUUGCUAUCUUUGUCUUCUCUUCAGUGGCCAUCAUGUCGUUCCCUGGACUUUUGCUCGCUCUUGCUCUUGCUGUUUGUCAGGCAGGUGUGGCGGUAGCACCCUCAGCGAAGUAUCGUAUAGGUUGGGAACCAUGCGCAUCGCAUUGCUAUCCUCGUGAAGGAUUCACGGACACCUACUUUGACUUCAUAGCGCCUGGCGGGUUCACUCUCAUGCGCAUUGAAGAGGGACAUUGGACUAGUGGCUGUGGGAUCGUCCAGUGGAGCAGCGAUCGCAAGGAGGUAGUCAAACGGCCAAGCUGCUUGGCAAAGUAUGCACCACCAAAACGUCCAGACAAUGUCGACAAAGAAGUGGAGAUCUGCUGGACAAUCACAACCCCGAGCCACAGUAGUUGCGCUUCGUGGCUGAAAGAUACACUGCUGACGGCUCGGCAGUCCCGUUCGUCGAUUCUUGCUGCGACAAGCAGUAUUGCAGUGCGUAGACUCAUCCAUAUGGCGGUACUUGCUGGAGCCUUGCACAGUGAAAACCGUCAUGGGCUACACGCCUAUUCGAAACAGUGAGCCGGCCCCCAACUCCACGGUGGCGAUCUGACUGGCCGCGCGGGCGACGCAGGCCGUUUCGAUCCGCCCCAAGUGUA